AUGUUUCUCAAAGACAGUGUAUCUACUAACCAUGUUAAACCUACUAUCAGCGCUUCUACAUCGUUUUUGGAUAGUAUUGGUCGCCAAAAGAAUCAAAGAAGUCUCUCUGCCACUUCCAAUUUCGACAGACGGUUAAAUUCGGAUGCGCGGAAUCCAGAAUUAGCGAUGCAAAAUGCAUUAGCUAAAGUCGAUGCUAUUCAAAUAUUUGUUUACAUUUCGGAAACUUCGCCGGAGACAUGCGUGAAAUAUUCACAUGCAAUUUUGGUUGUCUUGCUGAAUGAAUGUAAAAAUCUCCGUUCCACCGUCUCACGAGCAGCUAUCGUUGCCAUCGGCAAAUUGUUUUGUAAUAUCAAAUCAAAAAUUGAUUUCGAUGUUGAGAAGAUUUGUUCGAUUCUGAUGCAAAAAGCGGGUGAUGUUAGUAACGCCUUUAUACGUGAUGAUGCAUAUGCAGCAUUGGAUGAAGUGGUGAAAAAUGCUUCGCCCAUGAAGGUACUCUCAGGAUUGAUAGCUUCUGGAUCAAAAAGUAAAAAUAGUGUGAUACGUACAAGUUGUGCGAGCUUAAUAGUAAAAUUAAUUGAACGAAUCGGGCCUUCUCAAGCCCUCAGUUGCCCUGAUAUUAACAAACUUCUGUCGGUUUUGACCGCAUUUGCUCAAGACGCAAAUCCAAGUGCUAGAUAUCAAGGGAAACGAGGAUUAGAUUUGUUAAAUCAAGAGCCAAAUCAGUUUGAAAAGAUGAUUCAAAAAUUCUUAACUGCAACAGAAAUUCGUAAUAUCCAUGGAAUCAUAGACUCAAUUAAAAAAAGGGGUCUUGAAAUUAGCAAUCUGGACACAAUCAGUUCAUCUUCAUUGCCUCACAGAUCAGUCAACUGUCGACAAAAUAGCCGCUACCGUGCUAAUAAAAUCCCUGAUUCGAUUCAAAGCGAUCUCAGCGAAUUUAGUUGGGAGCGUCGAUCAGCUGGUUUAAAAAAGUUUCAUCAAAGGAUUUUGAACUAUGCUCGCGCUACUACACAUGACACAAAGUUGAUGGAAUCGUUUAUUGGACGGCUAAAUGAUAUAAAUAGCAAAAUUUCACAGGAAGCUAUGGAAACAUAUAUCAAGAUCUUGCCUUUAACAGCCAAGUACUUUUCAACAGAAACAAGCCUAAAGCUUAUCCUCACUCAAUUGAUAAAUGCUUUUAUGUCUCACCUUUCGAGUAGAAGUGAAGAACAUCUUCAGAUUGCUCAGAAAUGUAUCAAUGAAACUAUUGCAAACAUCGACAAUACAGCAUUGUUUCCAGCUCUUUCAGCAGCAACACGACAGGCCAACAUCAAACAGAAACCAUUUAUGCUUCUAUCACUUAAUACGGUAAGCAAAGCACUAUACGAAACGAGGCCGAGACAGGUGGAAACGAUAGCAUUACCUGUUUUAUGGGACCUGUUUAAAGCUCCACCACACUUGCAAAAUGAUCCAGGCGUACGACAAGCAGUUAGAGAAUAUGCAAUCGGAUUGAGAACCUGUAUCGGCGAGGCUAAUCUUCUCAAUAUGGCAGUAUCUCAACUUACUCCAAGCCAGAAGAAAUCAUCCUAUCGAAUUGCACUUGAAUCUCGAACUCAGAUGAAUUAA